AUGUCUCUCACCAAACCUCAAGCGACGCACGUCUCGUUGCAGACGACUCAAGGCACCAUCCUGCUAGAGCUGUACACUCAGCAUGCACCUCGAGCCUGCGAAAACUUUAGCACCUUGGCAUCUCGCGGCUACUACAACGGCGUAAGCUUUCAUCGCAUCGUUCAAGAUUUCAUGAUCCAAGCUGGAGAUCCUACAGGCACGGGUCGAGGAGGCAACUCGAUCUACGGAGGCAAAUUCAAAGAUGAAAUCGAUCCUCGCUUGAGAUUCACUGGCGCUGGCAUACUCGCCAUGGCUAAUAGCGGACCCGAUACCAAUGGAAGUCAAUUCUUCAUCACGCUCGCUCCUACUCCAUUUUUGGAUCGAAAACACACAAUCUUUGGCAGAGUGGACAAGGGCAUGCUGGUAGUGCAGAGAUUGGCAAUGGUCCCCGUAGAUGCGAAUGACAGGUGAGCAUGCCCAGCAUCGAGGCGGCGCGGAUGUCUGCGCUCGGUCAAGACGUGUGAUGCAGCGUGGCCAGCGGGCUCAUCUAUCACAUCAGCUGAUAACAACGCUUCUCGCUCCCCUCCAGACCCCGCGACGAGAUCAAGAUCCUCAGUGCUCAAGCAAUCACAGAGUGA